CGGCCGCUCCGGGGCCAUGUUGGGCCGGGGGCUGCGCUCGGCGUGACUCGGGGUCCCGCGCCCGCCCCCCGCCGGAGAGCCCGGACAGCCGCCGGGGCCUCCCGCCCCUGCUCCCCGUCCGCAUCCCCCGGCUCGGCUGGCUUUUCCAAGCCAGACUAUAAAUUGGUAGGAUGAAAAAAUUCAAGAGAAGACUGUCCCUCACGCUUCGUGGUAGCCAGACCAUUGAUGAGUCGCUUUCUGAACUGGCUGAACAGAUGACUAUGGAAGAAAACAGUAGCAAGGACAAUGAACCCAUUGUGAAGAAUGGCAGGCCUCCAGCGUCACACAGCAUGCACUCCUUCCUCCACCAGUACACCGGCUCUUUCAAGAAGCCCCCGCUGCGGAGACCACACAGUGUGAUAGGGGGAAGCCUCGGCUCCUUCAUGGCCAUGCCCAGAAAUGGAAGCAGACUCGAUAUUGUUCAUGAAAAUUUAAAAAUGGGAUCAGAUGGUGAAAGUGACCAAGCUUCAGGGACUUCAUCGGAUGAAGUACAGUCUCCCACGGGUGUUUGUCUCAGAAACCGGAUACAUAGACGAAUCUCUAUGGAGUCGGAGAUUGGAUUUGGGAAAAUGGAGACCUAUAUUAAAUUGGAAAAGCUCGGAGAGGGGACCUAUGCAACUGUAUAUAAAGGAAGAAGCAAAUUGACGGAGAACUUGGUAGCAUUAAAGGAGAUCCGCUUGGAGCAUGAAGAGGGAGCUCCAUGUACAGCCAUAAGAGAAGUUUCAUUAUUAAAGGACCUAAAGCAUGCCAACAUUGUUACAUUACAUGACAUCGUUCACACAGAUAAAUCCUUGACUCUAGUCUUUGAGUACUUGGACAAAGAUUUAAAACAGUACAUGGACGACUGUGGCAACAUCAUGAGUAUGCACAAUGUGAAGCUUUUUUUAUACCAGAUUCUUCGUGGUUUGGCCUACUGCCACAGGAGGAAGGUGCUUCAUCGGGACUUGAAACCGCAGAACCUCCUCAUUAAUGAGAAAGGAGAGUUAAAGCUAGCAGAUUUUGGACUGGCAAGGGCCAAGUCGGUUCCCACAAAGACCUACUCCAAUGAAGUCGUCACGCUCUGGUACCGGCCCCCCGACGUUCUCCUGGGCUCCUCAGAGUACUCGACACAGAUUGACAUGUGGGGUGUUGGCUGCAUAUUCUUUGAAAUGGCAUCAGGAAGACCCCUUUUUCCAGGUUCUACAGUGGAGGAUGAACUGCAUCUAAUCUUCCGACUGCUUGGAACACCAUCUCAAGAAACCUGGCCAGGUGUUUCUUCCAAUGAUGAGUUCAAGAACUACAACUUUCCUAAAUACAAACCACAGCCUCUAAUCAAUCAUGCACCCAGACUAGACUCUGAAGGAAUUGAACUGAUAACAAGAUUUCUUCAGUAUGAGUCAAAGAAAAGGGUUUCAGCAGAGGAAGCCAUGAAACAUGCAUACUUUCGGAGUCUGGGAACAAGAAUACACGCUUUACCUGAAAGUGUCUCAAUAUUCAGUUUGAAAGAAAUUCAGUUGCAAAAGGACCCGGGUUUUCGAAAUUCUUCCUAUCCAGAGACAGGUGUGUUUGUAAUAAACCAUUUCACGUGUCGAUCUUGAAUUUCUGAAUGGAAACAAGCUUUUUGUUUAUAAAUUGGUUAGUAACUUUAUUAAUGUGAAACUCAGUGUCCUGUGCAUACCACAAUGGUAUACUUUUAGAACUGCACGUAACUCGCUUUUCUAUAUGACGUGGGCAGCUCAGUGUAUCUUCAGAGAAAAAAAAUCAGACUCAGUCAAGUCAGGGGGCCUGAAGGCUGCCGAUGACACAGAGACCUUUUACAAGUGACCUGGCUCGAUCGUUGAACACACCGUGCCUGGCACCCGGAGCGGAAGAUGCACCUUGUGCUCACCUAGUCUUCAGGUUCACCACUUGGAAGCAUAGAAGCUGUAGACUGACCCCGGACCCAAAUGGGUUCAUUAAAAAAAGCCUGAGCCGGUCGCCCUGACCACGGAGUCUUAGCUUUUGCUGGUGGGAAACAUGGAGUGACCUUGAGUCACCAGAUCUGUGGGGUAAACUCUGAACUCUGAACUGCCUCACCCAAUGACUUUAUAUUUUAGGACACGGCAAGAACAGAAGACAGAGCAUGCUCUUUUAAGUUCGAUAGCAGGAUUUCAAGCCCAGCCCCAGCCUCUCUUACCAAGCACGGACUCGGAUCUGGACUGGGGAUCUCCGCUUGUCUACGCUGUCCUCUUCCCAGUGGAGUCUUUUUAUUUCCAACCUGCAGAUUAUGUUUUUAUAUUUGUUGUCACAGUGUGACAAUUUCUUGUACAGUUGGUUUUAAGGUCUUCUCUGCCAUUAGAGCCAGUCAGUUACAACUAUUGCUGUAACUGGAGCUGCAAUUUUUGUGCAGGACUGAGAAACACAGUGCAUUAUUUAUUGCGGAAUCAUUGCUGCUAAGUAACUACUGUCUGUCUAUUUAACACAACAGUUGAAUGCCUGAAGAAGUUGCAAUGGCUUUAUGAUAUGUGAAUGCAUCUGUUUCUCCUCACAGACUGUUUGACUGCUGCAGUUUUUGUUUGUUUGUUAUUUUUAUUAAACUGCAAUGUUUCCUGGAAUGUAAACUUAGCUUUGCUUAAUUGUAAAUAGGUGAACCAUUUAAUGCUCCAAGUUCAUGAGACAAUGUCUUAUUUAACAUUGGCAAUGUGGUAGUUCCAAGAUUUAUAAGCACAUUAUGUUUAGAAAAGCACGUGAUGCACAAGGUGACUCGAGCAGAUGAAAGCCUGCCUGCCUGCCACCUGCCUGGAGGGAAGUCCGGAGGAAGGCCAGGAGGCAGGAAGGAUUUCCUCUUAGAAGCCCAGGCCUUGAGCCACGUGGAUUAUUUAUUUGUCACCUCUAGUUUAGCAAUGUUUGCAUGCUCCUGAACGGUGGUAUACAGGACAUUGACCUUAAUUUAUGUUGUGUUUUGAUCCACUGAGAACUAACUCAUACAAAUCCGUUCAGACCCCCCCCCCCGUCCUGUUAUUCUUCUGAAAUAUUCUUCUUGUAUUUGAUGAGAAGCAGAAUGAUUUUCUUCAUUGGAGAACAGAUUUCAUUUCCUACUUUCCCCCUCCCCACCCUGAUAUUCACUUGGAAUCAGCUGGAAGCUGUGAUAGACAUGUGACUUGAGCCAUGGACAACAACUCCUCUUCCCCAGAUGAGAACUUGGAGGCUUUUAAAAAAGCGUCCCCAGCCUCUGUUUACCAGAGAUGACAGAUGUCGUGGCCGUGCCUGUGCAUCUCACUGGGUGUCAGAAUGCACCUGGCUGGGUGAUGGGAACAAUGCUCUUAAGCAUUUGUGUUCACCUUUAACAAUUAGUUGUGUAGUGCAUCUUACAGACUGUAAAUCUUUAUUGGGAUGUUUUGAAAUGGUCUUGUAAAUCUCUGGCUGGUAUAUCAUGAAAAUAGUCAUAGACAACUUAAAGUUUUUCCUGACGUUCACUGUAAACAUUCAGGGGUCCUGCCAUUUCGGUUCAGGAAAUCUUGUAGUUUAUUGUUAUUUAACAGUAUUAAGUGGAUUUUUGUAUAUUUCCUUUUAACUUUAUUUGUGAAUAAUGAUUGUGGCAUGUUUGGGGGGUGUUUUAUUAAUAGUUCAUGAUACUGGUAAAUUUAAUUAUUUUGGGUUUUUUUUUUUAAUUUUCUGGAAGAAACAGAUUCCUAUAUACUGGUGAAUAUCGGACCACUACUGCUUUCCAGCAUUUGUAAACUGGUUUUAGACCCAACAAACUGCUGUUAUUUCUAACUGACAAACACGUAUUAAUAUUGUACUUUUGAAAGUAUAAAUAUUAUGUGGAAUUCCUUGGUUUUGUUUUGAAGUUUAUAAUAACAAAAUCUCCAUGUUGUUAAAAUA